ACCGUUGCUUCAGUUUCAGUUCGCGAUGGAGGCUACUUGCUCCUUUUAGCUGGUGCCACCGUGACUUUUUUGUUCACGAAAAGAAAGAAAGAGAAAGAAAGAGAGAGAAAGAAAGAGAGACAGAGAGAAAGAGAAAAAAAGAAAAAGAGAGAAGAAGGUAAGGGUUGUUAGCGGAGAGUGGUUGGUACCACGUGGCUGGGAUCAAGUAAACGCGUUUAAGAAGAAGAGGAUAUAUGUAGGAGUACGGUGGCACGAAUUAGUUUUGAAGAUUUCUCGGAGGGUUGACUUAGUUAAGGGGUGAAAAAAGUGAUUUUUAAGAGAAUCGUUGGAAAAGAAAAAGAGAAAGAGGAAGGCUCUGACGGAUACGUUGAGACAACACGGAGGUAGCCGGAUGUUGGACGGUGCAGUGAUUCGAUUGAUUCGCUGAAGAGUGUUCGUGGCUUCCACCGAACUUCCGAGUGCCGCGUUAAAUGCGUGCGCGUACGCGCGUACGUGCGACUCGUCGUAUAGUAGCGCCGGUUGUACAAUAUACCGCGAUAGCUUCUGCUAGCGUCGCGCGCGACCACACGCUAAAGAAGCUCCGCCUGAAGGAGGAGGACCACGAGAAAUAGAGAGAGAGAGAGAAAGAGAAAGAGAGACACCAUAGGUAGUGGUGGUAUUGUUGAUUGUGGUGGUCGUGGUGGUCUAUUAAGACGCGAAGCAGGACGAUUUGCUUUUCAGAAAAGCGGAAGAGCGACGGACGGGCUUUGCUUACGUUGGAAGUGAGGAACGAAGAGAAGAAGGAGGAGGAAGAGAAAGAGGAGAAAAAGGUGGUAGUGGAGGUGGUGGUGGUGGUGGUGGGUGUCGACAGCCACCGAGACAACGUCAUCGAAGAUGAUGCAGGAGAGAAUCAGAAGAGUGUCGGUCUUCUCCGGUAAUGGUUGAUUUAUAGACGCCUCUUACGUAUAAAAAGAGAUGCACGCGUUUUUUGAUCAUUGUGCGAACAGGACAGCUCGGCUCUUGACUCGGCAUCAAUCGGAAAUCGACUUCGUUUUAACUCGAGAUCCUUAGCGCGUGUGCGCGCGCACCUCUCGAUCCUUCAAGCUCGAUUUUUUCUUACACAUACACAGACACACAGGCUCACACACACGCACACAUAUAUAUAUAUACAUUCAUUAUAUAUAUACCUACCUUUGCAUAUAUCCGACACGUGGAAGCGGUGCAACAACGACAACGACGACGAAAAAGAGGAAAAGGAAGAGGAAGAAAAAGAAGAAGAAGAAGAAGAAGAAGGAGAGGAGGAAGAAGAGCAAAAGGAAGAAAGAGAAAGAUGAGAACGACCUCGACAACAUUUUAAUUCACCAAGCUUAAAGCUCAGUCAGUCGCGAAUUACAUAUCGCGAGAUAUCGCGAGUGAGAAAAAGCAAAAGUGACCGAAGUGACCUUCCUUUCUCCUAAUUAAAGCAGUCGGUGAGUUUACGUUGAGAUUAGAAUUAAUUGUGUUUCCUUUUUAUUUGUUCGUUUUUUUCCCUUUUUUUUCUUUUUGGUGAGUGUGAAGUGCAUUCUCAAAUACGGCAUCAUAAUUCGUUAGUGAAGACGAUCUAGGAAGGGAUUAAUUUUUUCUUUGAUGAAUUUCGAAUUCUCUACGAGAUGUUCGGUUCGUUGUUACGUGUUGAGAUUAUCAGGGUGGGUAUUGUCGAUAGAAAUAAGUAAAAGAGAAGAUAGUGGAUUAUGGGAGAAUGAGAAUCGAUCGACGUUUGUUCGUAGAUCGUCGUCUCGAAGCAAGAAGUAGAAGAAGAAGAAGAAGAAGAUACGUUCGUUCUUCCGUAGAAGAAGAGUGUCUCGAAAGUAGACGAGGCCGAGCACUGAUCGGACGUGAUAGCUAACAGCGUUCGAAGCUUCCCACGGGUUUUUAAAUUCUUGGUAAAAGAGUAUAAAAGUUUGAUUUUUCUUCGAAUUCGAAAUGAGAGAUAAAAGGCAAGAGAGAUUUCGAAGGAACUUGAAGUUUUUUGUAAAUUCGAGAGGUUCGCUCGACUUUUUUAUAGCGAGUGCUUUCAAAAGAAGCUGAAAAAAGUGUGUUUCCUUCUCGACAGAGAAGAUAUUGAAGAAAAAAAAACAAAACAAAAAGAAAGAAAAAAGAAGAAGAAGAAGAAGAAGGGAGAGAGAAGGAAAAAAGAAAAAAGAAAAAGGAAAAUUGUUCGAAUCGUGUGGCCAUCUUCGGUAUGAGGAUGAGCUACGGCGGUCAUGCCGUGUAAUUCAAAGGGACACCACGUGAACCACGUCUCAUCGUGCCGAGCUAUCCUCGCCGUUGUCCACGUCGUCGUCGUCGUCGUCACCGUCACACUGACGCUGUUGAAGCGCGACGGAGUGCCAGCAGCGUUGGAAAGAUGAGCUCGAUCGACUUUGACGAGGUGCUUUUACACGUGGGAGAGAAGGGCCGAUAUCAGAACAUCAUGUAUUAUCUCCUAUGUAUACCUGCAACCCUUCCGGCUGCUUUCCUGGCCUUCUCGCAGGUAUUCGUGAGUGCCUCACCAGAACACUGGUGCAAAAUACCAGAAUUGGAGAACUUGACGGGCCUGAUGACCUUGGAAGAAAAGAAGGCUCUAUCUUUACCAUACUCCAUGAAGUCGGACGGUAGGAGAGUUUAUUCGAAAUGUCAAAUGUACGACGUCAAUUAUACAGAGAUCAUCGAAUCGUGGUUGCAACGUGGGAUAUCGCAAAAUUCUAGCAACACGAUGGAUUCGCAUUCGACCACGUCGCCUUCCUCGACAUCUUCCUUUCAUCCCACAAACCGAUUACCACCACCUCCUGUCAGUGAUCCUCAUUGGCCAGUCAACAAAUGCCAACACGGUUGGAUUUAUGAUAACAAGGAUUAUGACAGCACCCUCGUCACAGAGCUAGACCUGGUAUGUGACAACAGUUGGUGGCCUUCAACGUCAACGACAUUUUUCUAUGUUGGGAGCCUCUUUGGUAACGUUGUCUUUGGAUGGAUCGCAGACAAAUGGGGUAGAAGAACGGCCAUAUUCGCCAUUCUCUUCUUAGAAGUUAUCUUCUCGAUUGCCACAAGCUUCAGUCCCAACUAUGUUAUCUACACGGCGUUGAGGACGGUGAACGGCCUCUUUUUUCCUGCUAUUUAUCAGAUACCUUUUAUACUUGCUUUAGAAUUAAUGGGUCCAAGAUAUAGGACUUUUGCUGGUAUGGUGAUCUGUAUGUUUUUCGCUAGUGCAAUGUGUCUUCUUGCACUUCUGGGUUAUUUGUUAAGGCAUUGGUACACAUUGUCAUUAGCCACAUCGGUACCCUUCGUACUUCUCUUCAGUUACUACUGGAUCAUUCCUGAAUCUCCAAGAUGGCUUCUAAGCAAAAACAGGAUAGACGAAGCAGAGGUGAUCGUUCAGCACAUGGCCAAAGUCAAUGGCAGAACGGUACCAUCCAACUUUCUGAGGCAAAUGGAGGUUGAGAUAAUGAAGAGACAAGGUAUUUCUUGCAACGGCAAGAACACUGGAAACGUUGUGCUAGAUAUUGAAGGGGAAGACAGGUCGCCACCACCUUCCGCAACACCGAUGGACCUCAUCAGGAAUCCAAAUAUUAGAAAGAAAUUCUUUAUUCUUGCUUUCGAUUGGGUUGCGAAUGCUGUCGUCUAUAAUGGAUUAUCCUACAAUACGACGAACCUUGGGGUCUCCGAUUACCUGGCCUUCUUCAUCGGUGGAAUUGUGGAAAUCCCAUCAUACGUGAUCACGUGGUACGCCAUGGACAGAUUGGGUAGACGAUGGGUCCUGUGUUUAACAAUGCUCCUAGGUGGAGUUGCCUGCGUUUCUUGCAUGUUCGUGCCCGAAGACGCUGUCUGGGUGACGGUAUGCUUGGCGAUGAUUGGAAAAUUUGGCAUCGCAGCGUCCUUCGCCGUUUUUUACGUGUUCGUUGGUGAACUUUUACCAACGGUGCUGAGGUCACAAGCGAUGGGAAUCGCUUCUUUCAUCGCUGGUAUCGGCCUACUCACCUUUCCUUACAUCGUUCAUCUAGCUAACUACUCCAGGGUAUUACCAUUGAUCAUAAUGGGUUCCUUGAGUGUAGCCGGUGCUCUCACGUCCGUUUUCCUUCCGGAAACACUCAACAUACACUUGCCACAAACGAUCGAGGAAGGUGAACUCUUUGGCGCCGAUUUCAAACUUUGGUCCUGUCCAAUAAUACCAAAGAAAGACGCAAAAAGAAAAUCAGAAUCUGUGCCGCUUAGAUAUCUGGUAAACGGAAAACCAGAAAGAAUUUCGGCGGCAACAAAAAUCGUGGAAGCAGAAAAGGAAAGUCAAGAAGCGGAAUUAACGAAACCGAUAAAGGAUGACGUAGAAAAGGAAAAGGACGAUGUAGAAAGAAUAUCUGAGUCGUCGAACGAAGAGAUAGAUCGUCUGAGAAAAAUACAAUGAGGACGUUUUCCUUUUUUCUUCUUUUUUUUUCGUUAUUCCUGAAAGGACAAAAAGCUUCCUACAACUUCGUAUUAUAAUUUGCCUCGGUAUAGGCACACGCAUUGUAUUUAUUUUUUCAUUUAUGUUAUAUAAUGCGUUUCAUUUGUAAAGUCUGUUCCGUGUGCCUGUCAUAAUUUUCGUUUCUGCAUUACAAAGGGAUCGAUUGAUUUGUCAAUCAUCUUCGAUACAAAGAUGUCUUUUGUUUUCAGAAAGAGUGAACUGAGAUCGUACGUUCAAUAAAAUAAAAGAAAAAAUGAAAAAGAACUAGAGGAACUUCGCGAUAUUAUAAUAAUAUAAUAUUAAAACCGCAGUUAUUAUUAUUUAUCGUAAAUAUCCUUGGAAAUAAUCGAAGGAUGACUCGGUUUAUUCGCGGAAUUGCUCGACGAUUGAAUUCUUUUUUUAUAUAUAAUUUAAUAAUUAGCAAAAAACUUUUCUACGUAAACGUAAAGAAAAAAAAAACGUUCUAACGACAUCGACUCGUCACUUAUGUGUAUAGAGACAUUAUAGACCGUUAGAUGAUUAGUCAGCCAUCGCGAUAAAUAAGGAAAAUUCUUAUUAAGGACUUCGACUCACACUACGUUUAUAGCUCUUCGUUUUCGUCCAUAUUAAGAAAUGUGAUAAGUUAUAACGUUUAAGGACAAUUUUUAACGUUUGAAAGUCGCUUCAAGAGCGAUUACCUGCACGAAAGAUAAACUAUCCUUACAUUCUUUCUUUUUUACAACAUCGAAUGGACCAAAUUGAAAUUACAAUGCGAGGAGAAAAUCGUCGAACGAACGAGCUAUUUUCGAUACUCUUCAUUUGUAAUACUUAAAGCGAGAAUACAUAAAAAGAAAUCUAAUAA